GCGGGGGCCUCGUGGCUGGAGGGCGGGGAGGAAUCUGGUGCUUUGAUUGGUGGCUGGCCCGCCGGUCCGCCUGUCAGGAGCGCUGAUUGGUGAGCGCGCCGCUAAUCCCGCCCUUACCUCACCUCGGAAAGAGAUCUGGUCCGCCCGCCUCUUCCGCCCUUCCGGCGCUCGUUCUGAUUGGCUCCUGUUCAGCGGGGAGGGAAGCUCUGAUUGGUCCCCGCGACACGGAAGUGUUUCCCCGGGAAAAUCCAGCGUGCGGGUAAAGGGGGAAUGGGAAUCGCGUCGGGGCAUGCGGGGCCCGGAGGCUGCUAGCCUUUCAGCGCGCGGUCCGGUCCACAGUGCAUGGUCUGUGGUGUGUGGUCCAUAGACCACGGUGCAUGGUCCACAGCCUCCAGUCCGCAGUGUGCGGUGCAUGGUUCAUCGUGCACGGUCCACAGUGCGUGGUCCACAGCAUGCGGUGCAUGCCAGACCAUGGGCAGACUCCGAGCAGCCGCUGCUGGCAUCGGGCGCAGGCCGCAGCCGGGCACGGGGCCAGCGAAGCGAUCAUCCGGCAGGUGCAGGGAGACGACGGCGCCCCAGAGAGGAGCGAGCUGUCCAGCGCCUGCCCAGCCGUCUGCCUUCCAUCUUUUCGUCGACACAGCCGAGAUCGAGGCCUUUCGGACGUCCUUGCUCGCCUGGUAUGACAGAUGCAAGCGGGACCUUCCCUGGAGGAGACUGGCCGAGAGUGAACCGGACGUGGACAGAAGAGCAUAUUCAGUGUGGGUGUCGGAGGUCAUGCUGCAGCAGACGCAGGUGGCCACGGUGAUGGACUACUACACGCGCUGGAUGCAGAAAUGGCCGACGCUGCAGGCGCUCGCCGACGCGUCGCUGGAGGAAGUGAACGCGCUGUGGGCCGGCCUCGGCUACUACUCGCGGGGGAAGCGGCUGCAGGAAGGAGCUCGCAAGGUGGUUUCCGAGCUGGCAGGUCGGAUGCCCCGGACGGCUGAGGAGCUGCAGAAGCUGCUGCCAGGAGUGGGGAGAUACACAGCAGGCGCCAUCGCCUCCAUCUCCUACGGGCAGGCCACGGGCGUGGUGGACGGGAACGUGACGCGGGUCCUGUGCCGCCUGCGAUGCCUCGGCGCCGACACCAGCAGCCCACCCGUCACCGAGCACCUCUGGGGCCUGGCCCACACGCUGGUGGAUCGGGCCCGGCCCGGAGACUUCAACCAGGCGCUGAUGGAGCUGGGGGCGACCGUGUGCUCUCCUAAGGCCCCGCUGUGCGCGGAGUGCCCCGUGCGGCCGCACUGCUGGGCGCAGCGCAGGGUGGAGAAGGAGCUGGAAGUUGCCUCCAGGAGACUGCUGGGAAAAGCCCCCUCCAGCUGCCCCCCAGAGCCUGACAUCGAGGAGUGCGCCGCCGGUGCCUCGGGGAGCUGCCCCUUGUGCCCCCCUGCCUUGGAGCCAUGGGAUGGCAGCCUCAGGGUGGCCAACUUCCCCAGGAAAGCCGCCAAGAAGCAGCCCCGGGCGGAGCGGACGGCCACGUGCGUGCUGGAGAGGAGCGGCCGCCGCGGGGAGCCGGAGUUCCUGAUUGUGCAGAGACCCAGCUCAGGCUUGCUGGCGGGGCUCUGGGAGUUCCCCAGCCUGCUCGUGGCCCCGGAGCUGAAGGAGAAGCAGCAGAGGGAGGCGCUGGCGGGGCACGUCCGGGCCCAGACGGGCACGGCCGUUGCAGCAGGACGCCUGCGGCACGUUGGGGAGGUCGUCCACGUCUUCUCCCACAUCCACCAGACGUACGUGGUGUACUCCCUGCUCCUCGACGGCCCCAGGGCCGCGGCGCCGGUGAAGCGGGAGGAGGAGCCGGAGCUGCCGGCGUCCCGGUGGGUGACAAAGGCUGAUUUCCAGGCAGCCGCUGUCUCCACGGCCAUGAAGAAGGUGCUGCAGGCGUGCGAGAGGCAGAGCCGCGAGGAGAAGAUGCCCCGCACGGUGAGCACCUCAGCGUGGGCACGGCCAGUGUCCGGGACCACAGCACAGCAUGUCUCAGCCCUGCCCUGCGUGGGUAGAGCUGGGGGAGUCUCUUCCUUCCCCCAUGCGCAGGGCACUACUUGUCUGCUGGGACCCCCCGGGCAUCUCCUCUUCUGCCCCUGGGGUCUCAGACCUUGACGGGCCCCUGCGCUCCUGCCCUCCCCCUGGGGCACUCGAAUUCAGUCUCCUGGAGCACUUUGCUCCACACCUUGGGGUCACAGGUGGGGCCAGGAGGGGAUUUUCUCCGCUUGUGGGAGGCGCUGGGGGGUGCCAGCGAUGCUGCUGGUGCUGAGAAACCCAGAGGUCCCUGGCUGGGGACUGGCUCUCCCACUCAGGGGCAGACCCAGGGCCCCAUGUGGAGUCAGGGAGGGAUUUUCCCUUCGGUCUGCGGGGGCUUUGCCUUCCUCCAGCAGGGGCAGGUGCAACUCCUUCCCCCCCAGGGAGUGGUAGGGCCUUGGUGCCAAGUAGCUGCAUGGCAGGGUUUGCCCUGGCUGUUUUGGGGGACUCCUUGCCUCCGUGGUCCCAUGAGCGCAGGGGACUGGCUUUUUCCUCCAUCCCUGAACCCUG